CGCCUCUUGACUCAUAAGUACGGCAUAACCGGAACCUGUGUCGCAAUUUGAAAGAGGCAUUCGUAAGCCCGCUAGGUAAAUUUGUCGUGGUUCGUUGCUCUAAGCUACUUUCGGCACUUCGCCAUCAAACCUUAUUCCCAGGCCGUGUCUGACAUUGUCCCGCGAUUUCAUGUAAAAUGCCACUCUACCUUAGGUACCUACCUAGGUACCUAUGCAGCUAGUUCUUCUGGCCUACUUCCCCAGGUUAAAUGAAUGGACUCAAUGCAGUAGCUUACCAAAACUCGAAUGUUGGUACUGAUUAAGCACCCGCUGUGCGAACUCCUGAUUAAAAGUAUAAGAUAAAUUGACCGGUAAUAUCUUGGUUGUAUUUUCCGUCCAGUCUCCUGCCUCGCAUUUGGAGGAUUGAUCAAUUUGCCGCAAGUUCCAGGAUGGCUGGUAUCUACGACGUGUCCUCCCAUGGAUGGAACAGGAAUUGGUAUCAAGAGGACUUGGUCGAAGUAAAUGAGCCUAUCCGCCGACUUCUCGAACAGUAUUCCAAGAUACCCGGCUCUGAAGUUAUCAAGCACAUCAAAGAUAUACGUGAAAGAGCUUUCGCAAUCAGCCCCUAUCCCUGCAUCGGCCCCUUCUGAACGCCUUGUAGGCCUCUACAUCGAAAGGCGACUGCUGGAGCUUGGAUACGAUCUUUUUCAUGAUCGGGAGACGCUCAAAUCAGAGUUUGUGAGAUCGGAUAUCUUGAAGGGCCAAGGGAAGGAGUGGCAAGAUCUUGAGGAGCGCGGCUUCGACGUAAUACACUGCAGCGCCGUCUUCCACCUCUUCACCCUAGACGAGGAGCUUGCAGCGGCGAAGAAUAUUGCAAGGCUAAUCAAAAGGGGGGGGGAUAGUUGUAGGUAGGCAGAUGGGGAGCCUUAAAACCGGCGAUUACGCCACGGUCACAGAAGGUUCCGUUAGCUAUAGGCAUGACUUGACGACGUUUGGUGAGAUGUGGAACAAGGUUGGAGAGGCUACCCAGAUGCGGUGGAAGGUCGAAGGAACUAUGGAUUUAGUCAAUGUCAAUCCCAACAAUACUCUCGAAGAUGAGAACAGUCGUCGUCUACUAUUUACAGUUACUAGGAUUGAGUAGUUGAUGGCUGGAUCUCACUAAGCGGUGAGCGGGGGCUACGGAAAGUCUUGGUGGUUUGGGAGAGCGGCGGAAAAUCUGUAUUAGGUAUCAUGUCAGCACGAUGGUGCGAUGUGUAUCAUGAAUACUAGAGGCAGCAACAAGUGUGUAGUAUGGUGAUUUAUUGGCACUUAGCCCUCGAAGCUCCUUGUUGCUAUCUCAAUAGAUCUAUCCCUUAUGCGUCCCAGUCUUACUGGGUUAGGUAUAUAUAGGCCUGAGCCCAAUUGUCAUUAUCUUCUAUGGAUGACUUCGCUG